AUGAACGUUGCUGCUUCUCUAUCAUCUAUCGCCACCGUUCGCUUCCCCAAUUGCCACCGCUGUUUUCGCUCCUCAAAAACCCUAAUUCCAUCUUCGUCGCUUCGGAUAAUUUCUCAAUUCUCGUCAUCACCCUCCGCCUCAUCUGCGCCGCCAAUGAGCUCGAACACGGUGGCUGUCGAAUCCAAGAAGCCGCCCAAGCAGCCGUGGCUCAUCGUCGGCCUUGGAAACCCCGGAAAGAAAUACCACAGCACCCGCCACAAUGUGGGUUUUGAGAUGGUGGAUGCUAUAGCUGAAGCUGAAGGGAUAUCAUUGAGCAGUGUUUCUUUCAAAGCCCUGGUCGGAAAAGGCCUUAUUGGGGAUGUUCCGGUUAUAUUUGCCAAACCACAAACUUUCAUGAAUAAAAGCGGUGAGUCAGUUGGAUCCAUUGUUUCGUAUUACAAGAUUCCAUUGAAGCAAGUACUUGUGAUCUUUGAUGAUCUAGAUCUCCCCUUUGCAAAACUGCGGCUGUUGCCAAAAGGUGGACAUGGAGGACACAAUGGGAUGAGGAGUGUCAUUGAUCACUUUAAAGGGAGUCGAGAUUUUCCUCGUUUAAGAAUCGGCAUUGGACGGCCUCCUGGGAAAAUGGAUCCUGUGAACUUUGUUCUUCGUCCCUUUACUAAACAAGAACUUGAAGAGUUGAAUUUUACGUUUCAAGAUGGCGUAGAAGCGGUGCGUAUUCUUUUGCUUGAGGGGUUCAACAAAAGCGCAACAUUUGUUAAUAGUGCCAAACCCUUGGAACAAUGUGGUUAA